ACGUCUACCUUCUCUUACCAAUUAACCCUACCUAGGUACAGUACCAGAACAGGCGGCCAAACUUUUCAACUUCCCCAAAAUCUACAAUAUUUGUAUAGCAUGGGCUCGCCAGAAGUGUUUUGAAACCACAAAAACGCCAUUCACGUGCUAUCGUGAGAUGUUCGCGUUCUUCAGGGGUCUCGGAGCGAUGACGAAGCCCCUUGAUGUCAUGAUUCCACGAACACCCGGAUGAACCUCAUCAACCAACACGUGCGAUCCAUCGAACUCAUCAAAUAACUAUCUCAAUUCAUCAAAUACAUAUCAUUGAGCACUUCUUACAUCUCGUAUCGCAUGUGCAAAUGCCAGCAGCCAAGAAGCAGAAGACCGCGCGCGAUUCCGGCGUCUUCCUAGAAGAAUCGGGCAGCGAGAGCUCGGAUUCCGCCUUUGAGUCGGUGCGCCCCAACAAGAACGACAAGCAGAAGAAAAAUAAGCAUAGCAGCAGCACGGGCAGGCCCGCCGAUCCAGCAGCUUACGACUACGUUUGCAUACCGCAUCCUUUCUUCGACGUUGAAGGCAGGAAUUAUCUUAAUUGGACGUUGGAUCCGGACGCCUUCAUUGAGUCGAAAUCGGAGAUCUUCGACAAGCUGUACAAGCCCAUCGAUGAUAAAUUUCGAAAAGAUGACCUUUUCAAAGCGCCGGCGAGUAAAUACCCGGAGCACAAAUGGGUCAUGCUGUGGGAUGCGUGGCUGAAGGCGGAUCUGCUUGGACGGAAGGCAAAGUACUGCAACCCAGAUGCCUUUGAGAUGAACUUGUACACAGACUGGCAAGGAUGGGGAAUGCAGGAAAUUAUGGAAAAUAUGAUGGUCGAAUUUAAUCAAGGCUUCCAUGCUAAGAAGGACCGGCUCGAGAAGAUGUGGUCGGUGAUCAGCGCAGUGGGGCUGUGGCUGAACGAAGAGGAGCGCGUCGACGCGCUCGUCCACAACGAAGACGGCGACACAACCUGCGACCUAAUCGGCCUAAUGGGCUGCGCACUCCUCACUAUACUUGCAGCCAUGGAAGCAGUAGGCGAGCUCAAGCCAGACUCCCGCUUCCUUGACUUGACGAUUGUCAUCUCAUAUUAUCUAGAGUUAUCGCACGAUCUCCCCGCCUACGGAAUCGACGGAGAAAGUGUUUCAUGGCGCAAGGAAGCUGUCAACUACUUCAAGAAGGGAUCGCUCGAUCCGGAUAAAGGGACCUUCGCGACCAAGCUUCGCCUUGAUAAGCUUUCAAAGGUAGGCGACGCUGAGGAUGACUUCGCGCACAGCAUUGGAGACAUCGAAAAGAUCAUGACUGGUACAACGGAGCUCGAGAGGAUUGAGGCUGAGAGGGCGGCCAAAGACCCGGCUGGCAGUGCGGCUGAGAACCCAGUCACAAUUCCAGAAGACGACGACACCGACAAAGAGAACGCGAACCCGAAAGCCAUUGGUGAGAAGAACGUUUCAUCGGCGCCAGCAACAACGGCAAAAGGCAAGAGAAAGAGGGGUCCGGACAAUGUCAAGAAUGCGGGCAGCGCCAAGAAAGACCCAUGGCACUGGGAUGAGAAGUUCAAAGCGUACAAAGCUAGCAAAGGUAAAAUGGGCGGUGAACAUUACGAUAUCACAAAGAUGAGCAGCGCAGACCGCGCUGCUGCGUCCUUCACCGGCAAAGAUCCCCUUGCCGACAUUCCAGUGAAGGAUCUCAAAGACAAUUUAUUGGAUUUCGCUUGAGAUGGAAAUUUGUAUAGU